CAGGAUGUGUCCAGCAUGUUUCUCAUAGAUGGCGUCAGCCUUUUCCAGACUGGUGAUGUGGACCGGAACCCGACCGGACGCCACGACUGAGAACCAGCACGACUUCCCGCCCUGUGGAUGAGAUCCAAAAAUUUCACAGACAACAUGUUGAAGAUCAGCUGCUCCGCUCUGAGAUCAGCUGCUGCUCCGAGAUCAGCUGCUGCUCUGAGAUCAGCUGCUGCUCCGAGAUCAGCUGCUGCUGCUGCACAGCCUCAUGCCCGUCUCUCCAUGAGUCCCCAGCAGGAACACAGAACUUUCUAUGAAUUUCGGACCUACAGUAUCCGACCAGACCAGAACGCGGCCUUCCUCAAACUGACCAAUGAAAAGAUCCACCUGCGCACCGCCCACUCUGAGCUGAUUGGCUACUGGACCGUUGAAUACGGAGGCCUCAACAAGGUUUUCCAUAUAUGGAAGUACGACAGUUACUCUCAGCGGUCAGGGGUCCGGUCCGCUCUGGCUCUGGACCGGUUCUGGAUGUCAGAGUACAUCUCGAAGGCGAUCCCGAUGUUGGCAUCUCAGGAUAACGAGGUCACCUACCUGGUUCCAUGGAGCCGCCUGCAGAGGCCGCCACAGGAGGGCGGUGUGUACGAGCUCGUCACCUUCCAGAUGCUUCCCGGGGGUCCGGCUCUGUGGGGCAACGCCUUCCAGGCCGCCGUGACGGCCCACGAUGCACCAGGGUAUGGCAAGCUGGUGGGAGCGUUCCACAGCGAGUUCGGGCAACGCAACCGAGUUCACGCCCUCUGGUGGUUCGAGAGCGCCGACCAGCGAGCUGAAAUUCGUCAUAAAGCUCACACUGACGCCAGAGUGGUCGCUGCAGUCAGGAGCAGCGUCGUCCAUCUCGUCUCUCAGGAGAACAAACUCAUGUUCCCGUGUCCGUUCUCGCCGAUGAAGUAACUUCCUGUCUUCACACCUGUACACCUCACUGUUAGCACUGCCCCUGUUCACGUAAUGAACCAAUCACAGGUCAGCGUGUCAGCGUCCUGUUUUAAAGAAGUCAGCUGUUCGACACGGCGAGGAUCAGCGACACUGAACAUCUCACAGCAGCAAUAAUUAAUUGUGAGUGACAGAUACAGCGUCCAAUCCUGAGCUCUGAAUUUUGGGUGUGGCUGACAAAUUGUGCCUUUAAUGCUAAGCUAAUGCUAACUGUCUGAUGAUAAACACAAUAAAGAUGAACUUUGAUCUUC